AGGAAUUCCAGAUCCAAUCAGUCAAGUCCCAUUUAAAAGAUUAAAACCCUAGAUUGAAAAUUCAAAAUCCCGCCGCUUCAUCUACUUUCUUAAAAUUUCAAAUUUCAAAAAUUUAUCUGUUCGUUUCGCAUUCUCAGAUCUAACUUCUCUCUCCUUUUCUCACUUCUUUGUCUCUCCACAAAAAAAACAAAAAAACAAACUUUAACCUAAAAUGGGAGGUACUCACAGUCGAGAAGAUCAAGAACUCGAUUCAGAUGAAUCAGAACGAGAAGAUUCAGAGACUGAACAACAAGAAUCAGAUGAUGAUUACGAAGAUGUUAAAUCAGAACAUGAUAGAUCUUCGCCAUCGCCUUCUUCAGGUACUAAAUUCAAAACCCCAACAUCUUCUGGUCUUGAUGAUAUUGAUGCGAAACUUAAAGCCCUAAAACUUAAAUACCCAGCAUCAUCUCAAAAGAAUUCAGUUAAACUUUAUCAUUAUGCUGGUGCUAAAUGGACCAUUUCUGAGAAAUUUAUUAUUUACUCCUUCAUCAAAUCAAACAAGAAUCAAGAAACUGAAGAAGAUGAUGAUGAUGAGGAGGUGGAAGAAGAUGAAUAUGGUGAGGGUAAAAAGGGUGUUUGGUUUUUGAAAGUUGGGAGUAAAGUCAAAACUAGGGUUGGGGCUGAAAUGCAGUUAAAAGAAUUUGCUGCUCAGAAGAGAGUUGAUUUUGUAAGUAAUGGUGUUUGGGCUUUGAAAUUCUCAAAUGAUGAAGAGUAUAGAAGUUUUGUGACAAAGUAUUCUAGUUGUUUGUUUGAGAAUACUUAUGGAUUUGAAUCUAAUGAUGCUAAUAAGGUCAAGGUUUAUGGAAAAGAUUUUAUGGGAUGGGCAAAGCCUGAUUUUGCUGAUGACUCUAUGUGGGAAGAUGCUGAUGAGGAGUUUGGUAAAAGUCCUAAUGCAGCCUUGACGCCUAAAAGGGUUCAUCAGGAUUUGAUGGAAGAGUUUGAGGAAGUAGCACAUGGUGGUGGGAUUCAGAGUUUGGCAUUGGGUGCUUUGGAUAAUAGUUUCUUGGUGAGUGACUCGGGGAUUCAGGUUGUUAAAAAUUAUAAUAAUAGAAUCCAAGGUACAGGUGUGUAUGUAAAGUUUGAGAAUGAAGGGAAUUCGAGGAUUCUUUCGAAUUUAGGGUUUUCUACACCGAAGAAGGCCUUGUUAAUGAAGGCUGAGACUAAUAUGCUUCUUAUGAGUCCGGAUACUGAAGGAGGUAAGAGCCAUUCUAAAGGUCUUCACCAGCUCGAUAUUGAAACAGGAAGGAUCGUUUCAGAAUGGAAGUUUGAGAAGGACGGAGCUGAUAUUAGCAUGAGAGAUAUUACAAAUGACAGUAAGGGAGCUCAAUUGGAUCCUUCAGAGUCAACGUUUUUGGGUUUGGAUGAUAAUAGGCUUUGUCGGUGGGAUAUGCGUGACAGAAGGGGGAUAGUUCAGGAUCUCACAAGCGCAAGUACACCUGUUUUAAAUUGGACCCAAGGACAUCAGUUCUCUAGAGGAACAAAUUUUCAGUGUUUUGCCACAACUGGUGAUGGUUCAAUUGUCGUAGGGUCUCUUGAUGGGAAGAUUCGAUUGUAUUCAACUACUUCUAUGAGACAAGCAAAGACUGCUUUUCCGGGUCUUGGAUCACCCAUCACUCACGUUGAUGUUACGUUCGAUGGGAAGUGGAUAUUGGGCACAACCGAUACUUAUCUGAUCCUUAUUUGCACCCUAUACACAGACAAAGAUGGAAAGACUAAAACUGGUUUUGCUGGGCGUAUGGGAAACAAGAUUUCCGCUCCAAGAUUAUUGAAGCUGAAUCCCUUAGAUUCACAUCGUGCUGGGGCAAAUAGCAAGUUCCAUGGUGGGCAAUUUUCGUGGGUAACAGAGAAUGGAAAACAAGAGCGCCACCUUGUUGCCACAGUGGGCAAGUUCAGUGUCAUAUGGAACUUCCAGCAGGUGAAGAAUAGUAGCCACGAGUGUUACCAGCAACAAGAGGGUUUGAAAAGCUGCUAUUGCUACGAGGUUGUCUUGAAAGAAGAAUCAAUUGUUGAAAGCCGAUUUAUGCAUGACAAGUUUGCAGCAGUUACAGAUUCGCCUGAGGCUCCACUUGUAGUUGCAACACCAAUGAAAGUCAGCUCAUUCAGUGUAUCGAGCAAGCGGCUCCACUUGUAGUUGCAACACCAAUGAAAGCCAGCUCAUUGAGUAUAUCCAGUAAACGGUGACUGACUGCCUUGCUGAACCCCCUUGGUUCUCAUUACUGCUUGCAAUAACCCCUGUAGGGUAUCUCUAAUCUGUUGUUACUUGUUUUACGCUUUAACUGCAUGCUGUUUUGACAUUGUUCAAACUUUAGGUAGUAAAUUCUUGUUUGGGAUGAUGAAGUCACGCACUCUAUUGCUGUUUAAGCAAGUUGAUAAUGGUCCACUCCCUUUAAUAUUCUUAAUUA